UCUUACACAAAAAACCUGUCGGAAAGCAUGGACGUUAACCUCAUGAAAUCAUCAUCGGAAAACGAAAUGGAGAUAAUGACACUCCUGACCAUGCGCCCCAAUAAUCCUCAUCAUCAUCAGCCUCUCGACAACCUAGGAUUCUCAAUCCACAAUCCAUACGACGCCGGCGCCGGCGCCGCCACGUUGUCCUUCUCGGGGGUUCACCAACACCACCCAGUCGCCGGCGCCGGCGGCGCAGAUCCGCCGCGGCACAAAAUUAGCUCAAACGGCGGGUCCAUGGAGGCGAUGAGGGAGAUGAUCUUCCGCAUAGCGAUGAUGCAGCCCAUCCACAUAGACCCGGAGGCGGUGAAGCCGCCGCGGCGGAAGAACGUGAAGAUUUCGAAAGAUCCGCAGAGCGUGGCGGCGCGUCACCGGCGGGAGCGGAUUAGCGAGAAGAUUAGGAUCCUGCAGAGACUGGUCCCGGGGGGAACCAAGAUGGACACGGCGUCCAUGUUAGACGAGGCGGUGCAUUACGUCAAGUUCCUUAAGAAACAAUUGGAGUAUUUAGAGGCGGCGGCGAGUGGGCCGACACCGAUGAUUCCGGGGUUUCCGACAACAAUGUCGCCGCCGACAUUAUUGGAUAUGAAUAUGAAUAUCAUGAAUUAUUCAUCGUCAUCAACGUCGGGGUCCAUGAAAGCCUGCCAGGCUGCUAUUCCAUCAAUGGGGUCUAAUUUACAAAUGCUAUAA